UUGUAUGUUGAAGAGCAGUAAGUCAUUGUAGAGAAGGUGGUCUAUUUGCUUCCUUGUUUGUUAGUUUUACUUGUUUUACAGGAUCAAGAUGUUGCCAUACUUGUGCAUUGGUUUUGGUAAGCUGUUGCCCAGGAAUAAGAAGAGUGAGAGGAUGAAUAGGAUUGAAGUGGUCAAGAUGAGGAACAGGGGGUGUGACAUGACACUGGAGCAGCAUAAUGUUCAACUGUUUACUCCUCUCAGAUUCAGGAACGAAGAAGAAGAGAUCGGAGAGACGAAAACGAAGAAGACGAAGACGAAGACGAAGGAAAUGGCGAGCAUCUCCGAUCUCAUCCACCGCGUUACCUCCACUUGCCUCACCCACCCCAUCGCUCGAGCACAUGCACGACGAGAUGUAAUCGAAGACGAGGAGGAAACCAUUGAAGAAGAAGAAGAAGAAGAAGAAGAGUUGGAUGGGAAUGAGGAAGAAGAAGAAGAGGAGAGGAUUAUGGAGAAACCUGGGAGGAUAAGGGACAUGGAAACCCUAAUGGUGGAGGUCUUUGAAGCGGUGUCAGUGAUGAAAAGGGCGUACAUCAGUCUACAAGAAGCGCACUGUCCGUGGGAUCCGGAGAAGAUGAGGUUCGCUGAUGGGGCGGUGGUUUCAGAGCUGAAGAGGUUGGCGAGGCUUAGAGAUCGGUUCCGGAGAGGUGGCAUUGGAGUCUCAGUCGCCGCGGCGGCGCCGAUUCGGGAGAUGGUGGCGCCGUACGAGGCCGCACUGGAGGAGUUGAGAAGGGAGCUGAAGUUGAAGGAGACGGAGGUGGAGAACUUGAAGGAGAAGCUCAAGAGCCCAACGCCGAGAAAGAAGAGCCGAUUCCAUGGGAGCAAGAGGGUUAGCUGCUCCACCGCCCUUACCACGCCGGCACCGCCAACAUCGGAGCUAUUCGAGACGAUAAUGGAGCAGGUGAAGGAGGCGUCGAAGUCAUUCACCGCGCAUCUGCUCUCACUGAUGAGAUCAGCGCGGUGGGACAUCGCGGCGGCGGUGAGGUCGAUCAUGGACGGGGACGGCGAAGGGGAGAAGGGGAUCAAUGGCGUGGAGCCGCAGCACGCGAAGCACGCGCUGGAGUCGUAUGUGAGCAAGAGGAUGUUUCAUGGGUUCGAGAACGAGACGUUCUACAUCGAUGGGACGCUGGCGUCGUUGCUGAAUCCGGCGGAGUUCCGGCGAGAUAGCUACGCGCAGUUCAAGGAUAUACGCGGGAUGGAUCCAGCGGAGCUUUUGGGGAUUUUGCCGACGUGUCACUUCGGAAGGUUUGCGGCGAAGAAGUAUCUGGCGAUCGUGCACGCGAAGAUGGAGGAGUCGUUGUUCGGGGGUUUAGAGCAAAGGAGGGCAGUGAUGGGAGGAGGGCACCCAAGAACGGGGUUUUACGGAGAGUUCUUGAGAUUGGCCAAGGCUGUGUGGAUGUUGCACUUGCUGGCAUUCGCGCUGGAGCCGGCUCCGGCGCACUUUGAGGCCAGCAAAGGGGCCGAGUUCCAUCCAGCCUACAUGGAGAGCGUUGUGCGGUUUGCCAGCGGACGAGUUCCCUCUGGGCUUGUUGUUGGGUUCUCAGUUGGGCCUGGGUUUAAGCUUGGAAAUGGGUCUUUGGUGCGGGCUAGGGUUUAUCUUGUUCCUAAAGGACAGGUGCUUGUUGAUUGAUUAGUUUGUUUGUUGGGGUUGGUUAGACUUUUGUUGUGUACUCUGUGUACUGUUGUUGCUUAUAAUGUUUAUCACAAUGUUGGCACUUUUGCCUUCUUUUCUGGGCUUUUGGAUGUGGAUGACUUUUUCUUGGAAUAAAGAGCAUUUGUCCGGCUUCA